GAAAAAUAAAUCUUGGUGUAGACGAAGAUAAAAAUUUGCUAAAUAAAAGAAGCAGCAAGAAGUUUAUGAAUGCAGAAGUAGUUUUUAGAAAAAGAAGGUUUUCUAAUAAGCUGGUUGACAUGAUUGCUUCGCGGAAUUUUCCAAUUGAAAUUGUUAUUCCAGCAGGAACCCACAACGACAAGAUAAAAAGAAGCGUUGGAAAAAAUUGUGUACUACCACCUUUGGAAAACUCAGAAGUAACUUGUUGGGUAUGGCCAGAGUGGAGAACUUGUAACCAACAAUGCAUUUAUGGGUAUGGUCUUGAAUAUAAGAAAGGAACAGUUACGAAAACAUCUAUGGCUUGCCGAGAUGGGGAAGAUGAAUGGAAACCACAGUCAAUUCAAGACUGUAAACCUUAUUUGAAUUGCAAAACUCAUCUUAUAUCUCCUGGAGAACUGAACUGCGUACAAUUGACAAAGGAACCAUCAUACUGUCAAAUAAAAUGUCAAGAAUAUGAUAAUCAAACUGCUACAACUAGCCAAAAAUACAUUUGUGAUGAAUAUUAUUCACCGCCUCAUUGUGCAGCAUUAGAUGAUUCAGUAACACUCAUUGAAGCUCCAUCAGCCUGAAGUGCUUAUUGUGUUUACAUGUAAAAUAUUUUGAAUAUUUAAAAAAAAAUUGACUUCUAAUGUACUUUUCUAAAUUUAAUGAUGCAAGCUUAACUUAUGGAUUGUUACAAACGUAAUGUAACACGUUUCUAUUAAAGA